ACAAGUCGGCAUUGACGCGCACACGUUUAGCGGCGCUGACGGACAUUGCAGCGCCGAGUCGGAAUGCUCGACGCGCAUUGGCGGCGCGCCGGCUCUCGUGCAGCUCAAAGCCUUCCAAAUGGAGAUCCAGCUGAUGGCACCAAGUUCGACUUUUCCUCUCUUUCUUGCCGUCUCCCCGCGACCUCCCAGCCUUGUCACGCGUCACACACCGCCUCGUGCAUUCUCCCAGACUGCUCUGGCGCUGUAUCUUGCCCGGCGCUCCUGGCGAAAACAAUGCAGAACGAGUUGUACGAGCAGCGGCACAACGCCCGACAGACCCCGCUCUACCCCUUUGCCACCCCUUCCGCGACUCCACGGGCGGCUUCCCCUAUCCGCUGGGGUACGUUUCAAGACUUAUCGCUUGCAUUCUUGCUGUCAUUCGUGCAGGGAGGAGCGGAAGAUUGAACGCGCGCGAACCGCGCCACUCCCCCAAAUCUUUCACUUUUCCUGGGCGCCCCUCGGCCCCAGAAUCCCGUCGACUUCUCGGAGUGAUGGCGGAACUUUGUCAGACGGGUUUGACGGGGGCCGCUUGCCUAGUAUAGCCGUCUCGCGGCGUAUAAGAGGCAGGGGCGCAAUCCCUCUCAAUCAGCAAUCUGCCUCUUCCUCUCCUCUCUUCCACCUCUCCUCUCCUCUCUUCCUCGCCUCUUCACCUCUCCACCUUCAGUGACCACGCAUUUGAUAAUGGUACGAUCCCAUUUACGACGCUCUGCCCAAUUCUGACCGAUUUGAUCUCAGUACUUCUCGCUCUCCUGAUCGUCACU